CACCUCAACUACCAGCUCUGCAUCAGUCCAUAUUGGAACCCCGACUCCAACCACCAGCGCUGCAUCAGUCCAUACUGGCACCCCAACUCCAACCACUAGCGCUGCAUCAGUCCAUAAUGGCACCCCAACUCCAACCACCAGCGCUGCAUCAGUCCAUACUGGCACCCCAACUCCAACCACCAGCUCUGCAUCAGUCCAUAUUGGAACCCCGACUCCAACCACCAGCGCUGCAUCAGUCCAUACUGGCACCCCAACUCCAACCACUAGUGUUACAUCAGACUCUGCCACCACCACUGUCCACACCAGCACCUCAACUCCAACCACCAGCUCUGCACCAGUUCACACUGGCACCUCAACUCCAACCACCAGCUCUAAACCAGAUUCUGUCACCACUACAGUCCACACUGGCACCUCAGCUCCAACCACCAGCACUGCAUCAAUCCAUGAAGGCACCUCAACUCCAACUACCAGCACUGCUUCAGUCCCGGGUAGCACCCCUGUUAUUUCUACUUCAGACCCUGUUGGCAACAGUACUCACUCUUCAACUCCUAGCCAGCAGUCUGCUACCCCUACCACCCUUGCCAGUGCUAGCAGCAGCACCGUUGCCAGUAGUACGGUACCUGACUCCGCCAGUCACAAUUCUCCCCAGUCACCUGUUGAGGUCUCCUUCGUCUUCCUGUCAUUUUCUAUUUUAAACCACGAGUUUAACUCUUCCUUGGAAGAUCCUAGAACCGACUAUUAUCAAGAGCUGAAGAGAAACAUUUCUGGAUUGUUUUUGCAGAUUUUUAACCAAGAUUUUCUGGGCCUCUUUCAUAUCAAGUUCAGGCGAGGAUCAGUGGUGGUGGAAUCCAUUCUGGCCUUAUUGAAGGCCAUCAGUGCCGACGAGGUGAAAUCAAAGGUUAUGCAGCAUGGCAAGAAUUCCAGCUACGGUCUGAUCAUCUCAAAAGUCAGUGCACGUGACAUGCUGCCUCCUUCCUCUGCUCAGUCUUGGUCUGGUGUACCAGGCUGGGGCAUUGCCCUGUUGGUACUGGUCUGUGUGUUGGUUAUGAUAACCAUCAUCUAUCUCCUUGCUGUGACUGUGUUUCAGUGCCGGCGAAAGAACUAUGGGCAGCUAGACCUCUUUCCAGCCCGGGACACCUACCAUCCAAUGAGUGAAUACCCCACUUACCACACCCAUGGGCGUUACAUAGCCCCUGGCAAUACCAAACGUAGCCCCUAUGAAGAG